UCGUAAUCGGGAGUUGUACCUCCUUGGGAAGGCCGGGGGAAGUGGAAUUGUGGGAAAUCAUGGCGGCGGCCUUGGUCGCCCGGAGUCCCCGGGUCCUGACAAUGUCACGAUCUGGCAUUACUGCUAUAGCCACAUCUGUAUUUCUUGCUCAGUCCCACCGCAAACUUCAUCAUGCUCUUAUACCUCAUGGGAAAGGUGGGCGUUCCUCAGUCAGUGGGAUUGUGGCUACUGUAUUUGGAGCAACAGGAUUUUUGGGUCGAUAUGUCGUCAAUCACCUUGGUCGUAUGGGAUCACAAGUGAUUGUCCCCUAUAGGUGUGAGCCUUAUGAUUUCACCUAUCUUCGACCCAUGGGUGAUCUGGGCCAGAUUAUAUUUUUGGAGUGGAAUGCUAAGGAUAAAAGUUCCAUUCAGAGGGCAUUGGAGCACAGCAAUGUUGUCAUCAAUCUUGUUGGACGAGACUGGGAGACUAAAAACUUCGACUUCUCAGAUGUCUUUGCUGUCAUUCCCCAGACAAUAGCUCAGCUGGCCAAGAAUGCUGGAGUAGAAACAUUUAUUCAUGUUUCUCAUCUCAACGCUGACAUCAAAAGUACUUCUAGAUACCUGAGAAAUAAGGCUGUUGGGGACAAAGCAGUGAGAGAGGCAUUUCCUGAAGCCAUCAUUAUGAAGCCCUCUGACAUUUUUGGAAGAGAGGAUAGAUUACUCAAUCACUUUGCAAAUAUCCGUUGGUUUGGUGGUGUUCCUCUCAUUUCAUUGGGCAAAAAAACAGUGAAGCAACCAGUUUAUGUAGUAGAUGUAUCCAAAGCCAUUAUCAAUGCAAUUAAGGAUCCAGAUGCCCGAGGGAAGACCUAUGCCCUCACUGGGCCGAAUCGCUACCUCUUAUAUGAUUUGGCGCAGUAUAUCUUUGCUGUGGCUCACAGACCAUAUCUUCCAUACUACAUGCCACGUUUUGCGUAUCAAUUGGUGGGAAAACUCUUUGAGAUGAGUCCAUUUGAACCCUGGACUACAAGGGACAAAAUAGAGCGAAUUCACAUCACUGACAAGAAAUUGCCUCACCUGCCUGGCUUAGAAGACCUUGGUAUCACGCCUACUCCCCUAGAGCUCAAAGCCAUUGAAGUUCUUCGACGUCAUCGUACUUACCGAUGGUUGUCUGCUGAACUGGAAGAUGCAAAGCCAGCCAAAACAGUCAACUUUUAGUGUUCCCUAGGCCGCCUUGUGUUUUCCAUGUUGUUUAGGUCACCUGUCCAGCCAGGUUGAUUAUCUUCUGAGAAUUCUGUGCCCGAUAGAGCAGAUUCCUCAAUUAAAAUUUUUAAGAUGAAUUUUAGAAGCAUCAGCAUCUUCCUUCCUGGCUUAUAGAACAUUUGCUGAAUUUUGAAAAAUCAUCUAAUAUCUCCAUCUACAUUUCCAAAAUCACUUCAGGCAGAUGAAAGUGUAUUUUGUUUGUAAAGAUUGCCCUGAAAGGUAAUUUAACUUGGAAUCAUUCAUUACAAUCAGUAAUCAUUCACUAUAGAUGGUAGUGGAGUGCUGGACCUGGAGUCCGGAACCUGAGUUCAAAUCUGUCCUUAAAUCCUUACUAAACAUGACUUUAGGCAAGCCAUUUAGUCUUCAAUUGCCUCAGUUUUCCUCAUCAUUCCUAAGUGAAUUUGUAGAACUAAAGUUACCAAAUCUUAUUUCAGUUUAAUUCUUUUUUUCCAGUCAAAACUUCAUUAUUGUUCUAGAACAUAAUGCUGUGUGAGCAAAUCAUAUCAUCUCCUAGAUUGCAUUAUUUGCUUAAAUAAAUUAUACUAGCUAUAUGGAGAAAAAUACCUUGGAUUUCUAAGGGAUAUCCUCUCAUUGUAGUGUCUAUUUACAGCAUAAAAAUUCCCUUGACAGAUCCCACAGUGUCCAUAUUAUUUCUGACAACCAUUUAAACAAUAAUUUAGUAUAAAACAAGCAAACUAAUACAUGAUUUCUCCUUACUCAGGCUUCAAUUUAGUUAAUAAUUACCAUCAUCUACUUAAUAGGUAUUAGUUUUUCAAAAAUUGUUGAUGGUAAAUGUUUGUACCUCAUGUUAACCAGGGCUGACUUGAAUAUAGAACUAAGUUAAAUAUAAACAGAGCAGUCAUAGUUUCAAGUGACAAUUCCAGAAAAGCCUUACAGGAAUGAACCAGCCUGCCAAUGUCUGAAAUAGCCACAUUGAUUUUGAGUUCAUAAGAAAGCCAGAGGGCAAAUAUAAAAUUCUUCAAAUAUCAAGCUCUUGGGUCCACAAUUGACCUCAUUCACUUCUGGUUUCUCCUUUCCCAUACUAUCCCUCCUGAUAUGGAAGCAACAUCUAUCCUUACAUAAUCUAGUAUUUUUUUUAAUGUAAUAUUUUUUUUCCAAUUGCAUAUAAAAAUUUUUUAACAAUUUAAAAAAAAUGUUUUUUAGUUCCAGAUGCUCUCCUUCACAUCGAGAAGGUAAGCAUAGGUUAUCCAUAUGCAGUUAUAUUUCCAUGUUACUCAUGUGAAAGAAAACUUUUUUUUAAAAAAGAGAAAAAGUAUGCUUCAGUCAGACUCCAUCACUGAUUCUUAAUUUAGAAGGCAAGGGAACCUUUUACCCUCUGGUUCCUGUGCUCCUAUUCCCAUCCCUUGAGGGGGACCUGCACUCAUUCUGGGAGAUAAGAAAAUAAACCUGUGAGCAUUUAGCAACUAGAAACAAGUGGGAGUGUGUUCAGGAUGUAUAAAAAACCUCACACCCUAAAGAUGACUUUUUUUCUUUAUUUUUAUUUCUCUGUAUUUACCAAACAUCAUUAAAUAUAAACAUUUAGGUAUACAAAGAACAACACAAAAAACAGGCAAUCUUGACCACAAAUCGUUUGCCUAUUAAAAAAACCCAAACACCAACCGAGCAUAUUGGAUUCAUAAACUGUUGUGCUUGUCUCCAAACCUUCCUCUGUUUUUAAAAUGCUUCAUUCUAAUAAAAUCCCAAUCCCAAUCCA